UAUAAGCGUAUUGAAUAAUAAAACGAGAUGAUAAACCUUUUUCUUUUGGUGAAUAUAUUUAUAAUUAGGACCAAAACGGAACACAAGUUUUCAAUUAUUUUCUCAAUCAAAGAAUAGUUGGCGCACAGAAUAGCAUAUGCUUUUGUUUAUUUUUGAAUUAUUAUUCUGUGAUUUUGAUUGUUUACUGUAAUUAUUAUUUACAGGCAAUUGCGAUUCCGGUCUUGGUACACUCUUCGGGUUAAUUGGGGGUUUUGAGGUUUAUUUUAUAUCUCACAAAUUAUAGACAAUGACGAAGUGGAGAAAAUGUUGUUUAUGUGAUAAACGAGAAGACACUGAAGUUAAUGGGGAAAUCAUCUCUUUCCACAGUUUUCCAACAAAUCAAGAUAAACGAAAUAUCUGGCUGAACUUAAUUGGCAUAGAGUCUAUGCCAAGAAAAACAUUAAUGCUUUGCUCUGAUCAUUUUGAUCCUAGUCAUUUUUUUUAUACAAACCGGGGAAGUAGAAAACUUAGACCAGAUGCGACCCCCAAGCCAACCUGUGCCAGUAGCACAUCCUCUAACACAAAUAAUUCAAUGGGGUUAUUGCCUGCUGCAACUAUAGAGUCCACUGAGUAUACCCAAAUUAAGAUUGAAAGUAAUGACACCUCCGAUAUUACUAUUGAAUAUAAUAAACUAAUUCCUAUUGCUGGCGGGCAUGACAUCCCUAUGGAUUUUCCCUCUUUUGUGAAAGUGGAGAAGGAUCAGCCUGACUCCCCUCAAUACGAUAAAGUGAAAGUAGAAGUAGAAGAUAUGGAUUUUCGUUCGUGUGCUACAAAUCUAGGAAUAAAAGUUGAAUGCGAUCAAACUGAUUAUGUGAAAAAAAUUAAAGUGGAAGCGGAUCUGUGGCCAGAUUCUAACUUAAUUGAAAUGUCAGAUGAUGCACAUGCUGGCGGUUCACUUGGGUCUGAUCCAAAUGAAGGUACAAAAAUUAAAGUUGAUGAAGAUGAAAUUCCAAGAUUUGUAAUUGACAACAAUCAAACAAGUGAUGGUUUGGAUAUUUGCAGUGGAUCUGGUAAGGAACCAUCAAAAUUAAGAGAAGAAAAUGUAGCGUCCAAUCUUGAUAGAAUGUACCACAUUCCGAAACUAACGGGUAUCGAAAUCGAUAAGUUGCGGCCGGAUGAUUUUCAGGAUCCCGGACUGGCAGAAUAUUAUUUAACUAGCAUGAACGCUGAACUUAAUAGAAAUACUGACGAAAUACAAGUGUUAGAAGGAGUGGUGAAAAGUCUUAGACUAAAAGUCAAAUCGUUAUUGUCACUUCGCCGAGAACUGAAAGAAAAAACUCUUAUUAAAGAGAAAAAGGGUGCUGCCCUAAAAGCAUCCUUUCGCAACGCUUAUCGCAGGAAACUUAAACAACAGAAAAUUGAUGCAUUAUUGGAUGACAUUUGCACUAGUGAUGACAGGAUAGAAUUGGUGAAGGAGUGAAUAGAAUAUUUAGUAAAUACUGUGAUGUAAGAACAAUAUUUUUGAUAAUAAAUUGUGAUGAAUACUCUUCUUGAACU